AUGCAGCUCACAAACAUCGCCGUCGCCCUUACCCUUCUCACCGGCACCGCCGUCCAAGCGCAUCUGGGAUGCCCGGGCGACUACUGGUACUGCGGCAAAUGUAACGGCUCCAGCUGCAAGAUCGGCGGGGUUAACUACGGGUGCAAGCAUAGCACCUCGUGCAUUGGCCGUGGAGGCGGCGACGGCGCGUUCUGCGGCACCAAGAAUGACAACAUCUUCAACAUUGGCGGAGAUGUUGAGUGCCCUGUCAAGAAGUAA